AUGAUUUUGCAUCGCAUUUCUUUACCUUUUUUUUAUUGUGUAUUUAUUUUUGCAUAUUUACAUUUUGAGACCGCUCAAGCAAAAUUAAACAAUGUCACUGAUGAUAAUAGCAGUAGGUUUUUAAGCGGCUUCUUCGGAAAUGCCAACGGGCCUGUAGAUGAUGGCUCCUCUUAUGGAAGGAACGACGAUGGAUCAAAUGGUAACAAUGAUGAUGAUGAUGAUGAGAAGCCAAAAGACGUCACGCAGGAUGGGUCACAUGAUAAUAACAAUGGUGAUGAGAUAAAUUCGGAAGAAGCCAAACCAGUUGAUGGAGCCUCCGCUUCUUCUCCCCCUGCGAACUACAACCCCGAUGAUGGCAUAGAAGUAACCUGCGUUCCAAGCGGAAGCGGCGAUAUGAACAUGGAAAGCGCUCCCGUGCAAGAUGGCAGCAAUGUGACAAAAAAGGCGUUAAGGAAGAAAAAAAGCGGUCGUAAGGAUAAGGUCAAUGGUCCUGAUGAUGAUGACGAUGAUGGUGAUGAUGAUGACGACGAUGAUGAUGACGACGAUGAUGAUACUGAUGAUGAUGAGGCAAAGAAACGAAGAGGAGCAACUGAUGAGAAAUUUAGCAGCGUCCCAUCCGUUAACACCAUAAACAGCGUGAACAGAAUGAACCUGCCCAUCCUUACCUUCAUGAAUAAAAACCCACUGCAAACGAAUAUGAGCUCAAACGGAGCCUUCAACACUUUUUAUAACUUGUAUAAUAAAACGAGCCCACAGAUAACGAAUGUAAAUUAUUUUAAGAAAGAAUUACAAAACGAAUUUGCCUUCAAGAAUGGACUUUACUUUAGUACCACCAGUGUGAAGGAGUACAAUCAAAGAGUCGACCCAAAUAGCCAUGCAUAUAUAAAACUACCAGAAGAUACAAUGCUCCUUGUUAUUACGGGUAAUAAAUUUUUCUUUCAAGAUUUAGUGUAUUCAAAAAAUAAGUACAAUGCUAUUAAGAAGAAAUUUUCCUUCCUUAUGAAUACCAUAAUUAGCAAUUUGAAGAAAAAAUAUUUUUUUAAAAAUUACGAAUAUCAAUACUUGUUCAAAGAUGAUACAUUUGCUUAUGACGAGACGAACAAGUUACUCGACAUGGAAUUGCUAGGAGAAAUUUCACAAGCCACACAAACCAUUUGUGUAGAUGAAGAGAGAAAAAAAAAAGUAACCAUGCAUAAAGUUUAUGGAGGAUGGUUUGACUUCCUUGGCAUUUUAGUAGUGAAUGGAUAUGCGAUGCAACCAAUGGAAGGAGAUGAUAUGAAAAAACAAAAUGCAGCAACUUUAGAUGUAGUGCCAAAACACUUGCUGGAACAAUUUAAAGAACUCGUAAAUAAAAAACAUGAUGGGUAUGAUAAUGGUUAUGCAGUUGGAUUGUGGAGAGAUUUUCCUAAUGACAAAUUUGUCCCAUGGAGAUACUCUGUAGAAUUAUUCCUGUGGGAUUUACUUAAUGUUUUGCCUCACGAGUUGCCUCACCCAGCCCAUAUGAUGAUGACCUACACGGGGAACGGCAUCACUGAGGGAUUAGAAAAGAAAGAAGGCAGCCAAGUGGUCAGUGGAGAAAUGGACAAUGCAAACAGCUUUGUUGAAGAUUUGGCCAAUAAACAAGUGAAACGAUCGAGGGAAGAAAUUCUCAACUGGCAUCAGAUCAUACAAAAUAAAAUCUCCUCUUACCCCGGAUUUGAAGUCAAAAUUGUAGCAGUAAAUGAUUACAUGAAAGCCAUUGGAUACAGCAACGAAAUAUUUGCUAGAUACUACAAUGCGAAAAAUGGAAAUGCAUACAUCUUCCUUGUAUUAAUUAAUAAAGACUUUUAUGCUGAUGAAUUUAUGAAAAAGGCAUCAUCUAACCAUGAGGAGUAUGUCAUGGAGAAGCAAAAUUACUUUAGUACAAAGAUGAAUGAAGUGUUGGAGGAACUAGAAAUACUUCUACAAGAAUUAAAACAGGAGUUGUCACCAGAGGAUGAAAAAACGAAACCAGUCAUUACAUUUUACAACUACCUAUCAGAUGAGCAGAAUUACGACAAGCUGAACCCACACGUCUUGGGAGAAAUCGCUGGCAUCACCAAACACUUAAAAUGUGAUCAACUUCGCAACAAUGAUGAUGAUGAUAGAUGCACCAAGGAUGUUUCUAUGCAUCACAAGUAUGGAGGAUGGUUUGAAUUUGCAGGUGCCAUACAUGUGAAAAAUGUAAAUUUCGUCCCCACCAAGUAUGAAAACCAUGGAGAAUUUUUGAAGAAAAAAUAUGAAGAUGCAAUUUUGACUCAAGCCAACUGCAUUUACCAAGACUCAUGGUUGUGGAAGGAUAUACCUGAACAAAACAUGGCCCCAUAUCGUUACCCAUUCGAAGUUUUCACUUUAGAGAACCCCCAAUUUAAUAUCCUCAAUUUGAAGGAAAUGCACCCCUUUAUUGUGGUAGACAUCCUUAACAAGGGUGUGCAGGUUUUGCAAUCCCAAUCGCAACACAGAAAUGCAGUUGUGGAGGGCAAACAGGAAGGAGCGCGACGAGAGCAGGUCCUUAUCAGCGGUACCCAGCACAUCAUCGACCACCGUGACGUUGUCAGCGACCGUGACGUUACAACCCAGCGUGACGUUACAACCCAGCGUGACGUUACAAACCACCACGACAUUAGCAAGAACUUUUAUUUCGUCGUCGAUGACACGGAUGCCGACACCACUGCCAAUAGUUACGCCAACAGCUACGCGCAUAGCGACGCUGACGGAGAUGACGAAACGGAGGAGGUCGAUCAAAAUGAGUACAUUACUGAAAAUGCCCAAUCGGAUGGAAGCGCCGACGCCGAGGAGGCAGAAUACACUGAGGACAAAAAUAGAGAAGAGGAAGAAGUAGAUGAUGGUGAAUAUGUUGAAGUGAAUGAAGGACUCUCUGCACAACCAGCCAUGCAACAACCACUCCCUCAACUUGAAUGCCAAAGUGAGAAUAGCACCAAUCAUCAAUUCAUAAACCAUAGUGACAAAGUUAGAACUGCAGAAAGAAAUGAUGGAGGAGACGACGACGACGAUGAUGACGAUGAUGAUGAUGAGAACACUGGCGGAAGCAUCCUCUUUAGAGACAUCACCAAAAAUUAUGCAGACAAGGAAAGUGUUGGUGCAAGCAAAAAGGAUGACGGAAGCGACGUCUUCAAAGCAGGCCACUUUAGCAUCACCGGAGGUAUACAAGCAGUCACUGAUCUUGUGAACAAACACCUUGGAAGUGGAAAAAAAGGAAAUGAAAAAAAAGCAAGUGCAAAAGCUAUUGAAGAUGCAUAUGCUAGUAUAAACAAAAAUGGCAAUAAUGAUGGCAACGACGACGACGACGACGACGACGACGAUAUAUAUAAUAAUAUUACAAGUGAUGGAAAGAAGGACGAUGACGACGACGAUGAUGAUGACGACGAUGAUGAUGAUGAGGGAAGUAUUUAUUCCUCGAGUAAAUACUUACAAAGAAAUAAGUUGAGUGCACAACAAGUCUCCCCAGACUUCAAGUCAAAAUUAUACAUAUUCAUUAUCGUGUGCUUGGUGUGCAUUUGCAUUGCCCUCGUUGUGACCAUCGCCAUGAGGUUGUAUGAUGUACUCAUGAAGAGAAAAAUCGUGGACCUCAAUAGAACGGUCCUGUCCUUCAGGGACACCGAAGACAUCCCCGUUGUCCAGGGAAUCCCAGCCCCAUGGAUGAACGCCUAA